CUCAGUCAAGGUGCGGGUUUGAAAAUUUAGCUUAAUCGGGUUGCGGGUCAGUUUGGAAUGGAAAAUGAGAGGGAGGUUUGGGUGGGAACUUUGGAAUGGAAAAUUUAUGGGCGGGUGAAUAUGAGCCAACAAUUAUAUUAAACUUGAUAAGUAAUUUUUGACGGUUCGUUGUUUAGGGUAUAAAGUAUGUUGUUAGGGUAUAGGGUAUAAGGUACAGAUGGUUUAGGGAACAUAUGGUUAGGGUAUAAGGUAUUGAUGGUUUUGACAGUUCUAAGUUUAUAUUAACAUAUGUUCACCUGAAGUCAUUUGAAGUCUUUAACGGCAGGAGAUCCCUUUUAUGUUAAUGGUACGUGGUUAGGGUACAAGGUAUAUGGUGUAGAGUAUAGGAUAUAUGGUUAGGGUAUAGCAAAUAUCACUUUUUAUCUAUUUUUUGAAAAUCAAAGUAUGAAUUUCACUUUAAAUUAACUAUACUAGCAAAAUCACAACUCAUAAAGAUAUAUGUUUAGGGUAUAGGCCAUAGGGUAUGUGGUUAGUGUAUAAUGUAUUGAUGGUUUAGGGUAUACGAUCAUUAACAUAUACUAACUUAAUAUUGUCGAUUGAGGGUAAUGUUGAGUGUAUAGGAUAUAUGUUAUUGAGUAAGUUAUUAUUGAAGUCACAACAGUUUUACUAAAUUUGAUAGUUAAUCUUUAAUGGUUCAAUUUUUAGGGUAAUUCGAAUAAUUUUACAAAUAACUCGUUUGGCAACAGUUUACUGAUGUUAUUUGGGCAAUGAGUUAUUUCGAAAUAACUCCUUCUACAACUCUGCUUUUGCCAAAAACCACACGCCAGAUGCCAGAUUUGCAUGGUUAUACUAAACGAGAUACUUUAAUCCAAUUAUUACUGAAAUAAUACUAAAAUACCAAAUAAACCAUUAAUGGUGUCUUUUGGUUGCAAAUGUUGAUAUCACCAUUACUAUUAGCUAGUGUACUUUACCAAUUACGAUUAAUUACAUAAAAAUUUGCAAGUCAUACAAAUUGAUACAACAUUUUGACUAGUUUUUUUUAAUUAAGUAUAUAUAUGAGGUAGAAAGAAAUUGGUUAAAAAUUGAAGAAAAAUAUUUUAAAUUAGUGUAAUAAAAUGUUUAAGUUGGUAACGAGUAAGGAGUAAGUUCUUGGUAUGUUCUUUGGUUGUUUUUGGUUGUCAAAAUCAUUUUGGUAAGUUCUUUAGCUCUUUAAUGACGGAACAUGGGCGUUGGCUUUGUAUGUUAGAAUGGAUGGUCGCGACUUAGGUAACCAGUUCCUGGAGCGGGAGCGAGAGCGUGAAAGCGUCUAAAUGAUAAGAAUUCAAUAUUGAGAGCGUAAACAAAAUGUUAUUAUUAUAUUAUUCAACUAAUAUACUAUAUGUUUAUAUUGUAAAUAAUAUAAAAAUAUUCAAAAUACUGAGAGCAAAAUGAAGAAAAUCUAAUAUAAUACAAUUUAUAUAGACACAAGUAAUGAUAAAGGUGGAGACUCUUUUGUAAUUUAAUUUAAGUUUAAUAAUAAUUCUAAUAUAUAUUCCAUAAAUAUUUUAUUUUUCAUUUCAUUAUUUCCGAUUCUAAUUUUUUUUAUUAACAUCUUUCUUUCCCUUUUAUUUUCUCACCCAUUCACUUCUCUCUACCCAAUUUCUCUCUUUUCUCUACGCAAGAGCUCCAUUUUUUUCCAUCUCAUUCUCUUUCCUGGCGAUUGAUCUACUAAUUCACCAUCUGCUCAUCCUAACCACAAGAUCUGAACUUUCCUCCGUCCCUCUCUUUCUCAAGUUUCUAUCUUUUAUCCGAAGCAGAGUAAGAACUCUAUUCUUCUCCCAUCUCCUUUUUAACCCUGGCGACCAAUCCUCUCCGUUUUUUUUUUUUUUUUUUUUCCUUCUGAUGAUCAAUUUCUCCGUGCAACCAACAAAUGAAUCUCUUGGUGGACAACACUUUGUUGUGGGAUCAAGAAACGAAUGGAUAGGCUACAGUCAAUUCACAGCAGAAAGGCAAUUGAACCGCCGGCUAACGAGAACAACUAAUCUUUCCUCUUUGCUUUCUAGUAAAACCCAAUUCAUUAGAAAGACUGCGAAUUUCUAAAUAUAGUUCGCGCUCCCAAUCAGUAUAAUUCGUGAAUUAUCAAAGCUCUAAAGAAAAAGUGUGUGUUUCACGCUCUAAAGCGGGAGCGCCGAUGGUUGGGUAACGAAUUGGGUGACCUAAGUCGCGACGAAGUUUCAGAAACUGGAGAGGACGAGUAGUGAUGUUAAUGGGGCGGAGCGGGACGAGUACUUUAGUACUCAUAUUCAUUUUGCAACAAGUGCGGGUAAUACCCGCAGGUAUGAGGCGAAAGUACUCAUAUUCAUUUUGCAACAAGUGCGGGUAAUACCCGCAGGUAUGAGGCGGAGCGAGUUGACUCACUCUUAUUUGUUAUUUUUAAAAAAUACACCCAAAAUUUUACUUUUUACGACAAAACAAAGUGAAAGCACUUUAUGAAUGAAAAAUAGUAAUAAUAAAAUGGGUAAUUGAGAAAGAUCAAGUAUAACUAGUUGGAAAAGGUACUAACAAUGACUUGGUUAGUGGAAAUACAACUAGCUUUGAACCUGGUACUCCAAGUUAAAAUUCUUUCAGUAGUACCUAUCACAUAAAGUAAACCUAUAUCACCCUUCUCUAAAAAAAAUAACUAGUUCGAAAAUGUAAAGAUAUAAAAAAUAUGAAUAAAUAUUGUAAGAAAUCGAGAUAGAAUCGACCAAGAACGGACGAGACUGGUAGAGUAGGUCGGAAGUGGAUGUCCAUGCCAUGUCCGUACUACUGCAUGUCGGGUAAUACUCGACCCAUCGCGAGUCAGGUCGGUAAUACUCAGGGGGGUUCAAAUUGCCAUAUCGAAGGACAAGGUUUGCAUGGAGAAUAGUGUUGAAUUAUAUUGAGUAUUAUAGUUCGAGCUUUUCUUUGUUUAAAUGUUAUUGUUAGAUUUAAAUAUAAGUAAAAAAAGGAAGGGAUAAGAUCAGUGGCGGACCCAUAUAAUUUGGGAUAGGUGCCGACCAAUAAAAAUAAAUUAAAAUUAAUUUAAAAUAAACAUAAAAAAUUUAUUCAUAAACUUCACCAAUUUUAUUAUUUCUUACCCCACAAUAAACGUUUUGUAAUGUAAUAAGGUAUGUCGGCUGCAGUUAUUGGAGAUGUGUUGGAGGUUCUAUGUUCGAAUUUUUCACACAAAAAAUGUGGGUUCCUCACAAAAAAAAAUUCAGACAUUAAUUCGUAAAGGUGUGUCCGUCCCUAGAUAAGAUACAAAAUCCAUCCGUACAAAACCCUAUCAUUUACCCUCCAUCUCUUCCCUCAUCUAAUGGUCCACAUUAAUUCGGAAAAAGAGGGGCAAACUAGUAAUUUUUUGCAGACAGUCUGACACGGGUCCAGAUGAGAGAGAAUGUACUUUUUCAAAUCCCUUAUUUUUCAUAAUCGGAUCCUGCAGAACUCGUUAUUAACUCUGAAGUUAAAUUUUUUUGCAUAAAAAAACACAUUAAUUAUGAUCUACAUAUUGAUAUCCUUUUUUUUUUUUGUAGAAAGACGGACGUCAAUGUGUCCUAGUUCAUAUUAAUAAUACAUCAAUCCAUGAAGAUAGCCAUGAAGUCGUACAACAGCCAAUUACAACGAAUUGGAUCAUACACAUUGAAGGGAUGUGUACCAAAAUGAGCCAAAUGACCCUUUCCAGCCAAGUAAUCGGCAACAUAAUUUCCCUCUCUAUACACAUGGGAGAUAGACACUUCGCACUCAAAAUUAAUCAGCUUUACGAUUCGUGCAGCAAUGAGACAAUGGCUAUGGUCAACAUCCAGGUGGUUUUGCAGAAUGCUGAUUGCAGUAAGCGAGUCCUGCUCGGUUCAAACCUGCGGAAACCUUGCUCCCAAGCUCUCUGGAGGCCAAUUUCCGCCCUUUUCAGCUCUAACAUGGUGAUCAUUCAUUUGCCAAGUUGCAGACGAAAGCAUCCAAGUAGUUUCCGAGAUGGUCUCGGAUUAAUCAUCCUGCGGUAGCAUUUCCCGAGCUUUGUAGCACUAAUCCAUCCGUUAGGACUUGAAUCCAAUUCUCUCUAGGUGGCUUCCACGUGAUAGGUGUGGAGAUGUACUGGUUUUUCGGCAUCAUGAUGCUUCUUUAGUCAUUACUCCUAGCUUGCCGAAAGACGCGAAUCCAAGAGCAAAUUCUGCUGAUAAGACCAACUUCUGAGAAUCUUUUCUCGUCCAACACCUCUUCAUUUAUCUGCUUCCUAAUCGGCCAGCAAGCAAUCCCAAAAUCAAUCCCCUUGUCCUAACCUUGAGAUUGUCCAUCAUCCAUUGUUUUGGAGCUUCUCAAGUCGUGUGGUUGAUGUCCAAUCUUAAAGAAAAGCCUCACUCCCUGAGUCUUCCUGCAGUGUCUAAGAAUGCGUUCACUUGUUUCAAGCUCCCUAGUGAAGGAUUUGCAUUUGCCAUAUGAUGUCAGUGGUCUAAUUGUUCUUUGGUGGUUAGCCGACAAUCUGUUGUGCAUAACAAGCCAAAGGAUAUGUUUAACUCUGUUUGGUCCCUAGCUUCCACUUGCAAAUAUCUUUCCAGCCUGGUUGAGGUUCCUUCCCAAUCUCGUUGCCAGCAAGCAGGGAAGCAGAUUUGAUUCUAAAUCUGGCAUCCCUUUCAAGACCCCAGAUAGUAGUAUCCUCUCCCAUCCCUUGGACUGGCGCUUCCAUCCAUGCAAUACAGGAGAGGUAACCAUUAGGCAAUAAUGAUUGAAGUCGACUCCAAUCCCACUCACCUUGGCCGUUCACCAUCUCAACAACAAUCGUUGAUCUCACUUUCACUUUAUGAAAAUUAUCACUAACGUAACGUUCUCCCUUUCCGAUCUCUUCUGUAUAACCAUUCCACUUAACCGAAGCGUGAACUUUUGAAAUGUCAUCUGCAAUAAAAUCGUAACUAAAUUAAUACCAUAAAAAUCACAAAUCACAAUAAAAAGUAAUACAAAACAAACUUACGAAGUAACGUUAAUCGCAAAUACUCAAAAAAAAUGUAGGGCGCACAACUGAAAUUUGGAGAAGAAUAAGGAGAGUUGUGAAGAACUGAGGUUUCUAGGGCUGCCUUUUAUAGGAAAAACGACCACUGAAAAUCGCUGGAGGGGUGUGGUUAUCAUCUGGCAUGCAGCCCCACGCCUGCAACCCUCGGAUGUCGGGGGAAUGGGGACGACUCAAAACCAGUUCUAGAAGAAAUAAGAACACUUUCUUGCUUCUCCUUUUUUUCUCUCGAUCGAGUUUCCCUUCUUCAUUUGAGGUAUCAAAUUAAAUGACGAAUCACGGGGAUUAGAGAUGUGACAAAUGUAUUUUCACCAAGAGAUAUGACUGCCUAGUUGGAUGCGCAUAUUCAGGAGCUUCUUUCCGCCCCUCUCAGUGGAAUUUCAGAGGGAUGCUGGUGCACGAACAAACAAUGGGAUGGAGAAUAAUUUUCAGCAGCUGGAGCUUCUCCAAUAUGAGAAUAAUCUCUAGCAGGGACAACAGCUUCUCCAAGGCAUGGACGCUCAUCCCUUCCCCGGCAACCAACCACCUCUCCAGUAGCUUGCUUGUUUGGUUCAACCAACACCAUCACAUCCCACGGCAGAGUAGUCUAGUAUAGUAUUCUAUGUAUUGUUGUAUUUUUUGCCGAAGCAGGAGUCUAGCUAGGUAUUAUUAUGAUGUGCUUUUGUUUCAUUAACAAACUUGUGUCGUCUCUUAUUAAGAGCAAUUUGAUGCAAACAAUAUAUCCAUACAAAGGUC